AAGUUCUUGAAAACGCACACCAAAAAAGGUUAAUUGUGUAAGCAAUCAAGUCUUUUUUUUGUUCUUUUAAGGGAGCUGGAGGAGGGUUGCAUUAAGAUUAAAUUAUGAAAACAUUUACAUAAAAAAAUUGAUAUAAAUUAAAUGUUGUGAAAGGAAUAUCAACCAUGCUGCAUAAAAAAAUUCUUUUUUUAUAGUGCUGUUUGUUUUUAGAAGUAAAAAUUAAGUAACCAAAACAUGCUUUAACAUGUCGUUGGAACCGCUACCUGAUGGAUGGUCAAAGUACCUUUCAAGAAAGUUUAAUAAAGUAUACUACUACCAUGGAGCUACUGGCCGGUCUCUUUGGGUGCAUCCAUUGUUAUGUCAAGAGAAUGAAGAUAUUCCACCUGGUACAACGAACAAUGAAAAUAUUACCAAUAUUACAAAAAUUGACAAUUGUAAAUCCGAAUCUAACGAAUACAAAUCUACGAAAAAAACAAAAAAUGGCAGUGUGGAAACUCUCAGUUCACCAAGUACACUAAGUGAAAAGGAGUUAUACAAACUUAGUAACGAAAGUAAAUUUUAUAGAUCACGAACAGAAGAGAUUGCAAACUGGGCAGCAGAUGUUUCUUCACAAAGUAGUCACACUUCAUCUUUGUCGUCCUACAAUUUAAAUCAAAGAAAUAUAAAAAAUGUUGAGGAAAAGCCAUCUAAACCAACCUUGAAACCAUUGAAUAGUGUGUAUAAAUCAAAGAAGAAAAACAAGUUUUCUGAAACAAUAUUGAAUAAUAAAAAUAAUGUAACUAGGGGAGUUGCAAGCAUUAUAAAAAGCCAAAUGAAGACUAAAAAAAGUAUAAAUGCUUUGAAGACAGAAGAAAUUAAAUGCAAAAACAAGAAAAACAAUUCUUUAACACCUGCUAUGUUAGAAAUGGUUGAUAAAAUGAGUAAGAAGAAGACAGUGGGAAGUGUUACAGAUGAUAAUAGUAGCAUUGUUAGUUUAAGCAAAGUAAGAUAUCAGCCUUACAGUACCAUCGGCUCAGCAGCCUUAAAGAAGGAGAAAAGGAAGAACAUAAAAUUAAAGGCUGUUGCAAAUACACAAUUAGAAAAUGAUAUCAUAAAAAAUAUAUUAGAUGCAUCUGACAAAGCAUUACCUUCUCUAAAGCCACUAAAUAAGCCCAUCCCUCGAAAACGAACAGAAUCAGAAUGUAGUCGAAAGUCUGUGAGUGCUGUUUCGUCUGCAAGUGAAAAGAGUAAACAGAAAGCAAACCCAUUCUUUGAAAAAAAAUUAAACUGUGAAAAGUUUCACAUCCCAACUUCGUCUUGUGAUUCAGCAAAAUCUUUAUUUAGUCCAACCUUUUCACCUCCCGAUACUAUUUUCUCAUCAAAAGCAGCUUUGCCUUGUGAAAGCGAGUCAAUGAACAUUGAUGCAACUCCUAUCCAAGCAACUGAAUUUAGUGCUCAAAGUUUCAUACAACAGUUUAGCAAUGAAUCAAACAUUCUUAAUAUUGAAGAAGAAAUGGAAAUUGACGAUGCUAUCCAGCUUAAUAAAGAAAUCAUGAGAGAGAUCAGAGGAAUAAGAGAAGAAAACAUCAUAACAAAGCCACAGCUAUCUGUUAAAGAUCAAGCAACACUACCAACAUAUUCUGACCCUCUAUAUAUCGUAAUUGAUACAAACAUAUUACUUGCUCAUCUGAGAUUUGUGUCUGAGCUAAAAGAUUACCCCUUACCAGGUGUUGGAGCUCCUAUACUUUAUAUACCAUGGAUGGUAUUUCAAGAACUUGAUUCGUUAAAGGAUGCUGUAAAUCGAACACAUACUCAAAGAAAUGUAAAUGGCGAUGAGGAAAAGACAUAUAAAUUAAAUAUUUUGGCGAGAAAAGCAAUACUAUUUAUAAGCACUUGUCUGGAGCAACAACAUCCAAGAGUCAAAGGCCAAACUGCAGUUGAGGCUGGAACUGUCAUUCCUGGAUUUGUUGAAGAGAGUAAUGAUGAUAGCAUACUCCAUUGUGGGCUCAGUUUACAAACAAGAGCCAAACAUAGUUAUGUUGUUUUGCUAUCAAAUGACAGAAAUCUGUGCAACAAGGCUGUAGUAUCAGGAAUCAAAGCUUUUUCUCAACAGAACAUUUUGCUUGGUUUGAGAAGCUUGUUUCAAAAUGGUACUGUUGCUGUAAGGAAAGAAAAUUUUGAAGAAUACAAUCACGAGCUUGAAAUUCAAACAGAAAUAGCAGCACGAAGAAAACAGGCUGACCAUUUGUCUUGUGAGUUGCAAUGUAUGUUAAGAGAAGCCUUCUCAAAAAUAAUAGAGUACGAGAUGAAACUGGCUUACGACGAUAACACAUGGUUACUAAUUGUGAAGAUUCAACCACCUUGGACUUUGCAUGAUGUGUUUGUUUUACUCGACAAGCAUUGGAUUGCAGUGUUUGGUAUGAUAGUGAAGAGAAGUUUAAAACAGAAUGUGCAGUCCUUAAAGAAAUUAUUUAUCACAUGCGAAGGUAACCCAGGGGAACUUGAAACUGUCCAGAAAAUGCUAACGUUAAGUCUAGAACUACUUCAAGGUUUUUUUGUCCGUUCAAACUAUGAUGGUGUGCUUACAAAGUGCAUUGCGGGAGUUCGAGUGUUGAUAAAUAAUUGCAAAGAAUACCUAAAUAAAGUUGAACGUCAUCCACAAUUGCCGCCUACAGUAGAGUUGCCAUCUUUAACCGGCACAACCACCCAGAAGACUACUGAAGAAAAUCGACCUGUCCAAUCGCCAGUAAUGCAUCACAUGGUUCUGGAAACGUUUGACGCCAUUUGGAGAACUGUCACUCAUUACAGUGCUUUGAUAUUCUACAGUUUAAACUUUCCAAGUCCAUUAGUAAAAGAUUUGGAUCCGAAUGAAGCAAAGCCGAGUAAGGAAGAAGCAUUGGCUUGUUUAUCAACGAUGACACCAUGUUUGUUAAAUUUAAUCAAAAUGAUACAAAGUUUGCUAUUGAUUCCAGUUGGAGAUUUGACACACUCUUCUCAACAAAUUUUAAAUUUGUUGCAAUCCAUCUACGUGUUUAUGAAAGAGGUGAUGAAGCGUGAAUCUGAUAUGAAUCCACAAGAACUGUUGCAAUUUUGUCAGGAUCAGAAAACAAGAGCUGCCCUUGUACAAGGAUUAUCACAGCUGGAUAGAUCGUACGCCAUGUUACAGCAGUGCGUUUCUUAUCACGGCACGUAAAAUAACUCAUUCGAAUACAGCGUCGUGUAACGGGACACGCCAGGUAAUGACACUGUUACUGUUGGUAACAUUUCUUAACUAGAUUCAAAGAACUUUGUUGUACCGUCUUAGUGUAGUUAUUUUUAGAAAGAACUUCUUAACGCCUUUAUCUAGGGCGGCAGUUAUAUUUCUGUUUUGUGGCGGCAAUAUGAGAGUGUAAAUAUAGUUGUAUAUAGAGAUGUAAAAGAUAUUUUUGUGUUACUUUAGUACUCACUUUUUUAGUAAAAAAAUAUUUGUAUACGACCAGGUUUAUGUAGAAAAACAGAAAGUGAACAGAAGACUUUUUCCCAUUA